AUGUGGAAUCACAAGCAGAAGCAUAAGAAAACUUCAAAGUUUGUAUGUAGCAAAUGCACAUUCAGUUUGGUGCAAAGGAGUAAGUUCUGCAUUUGCGGACUUGCUAGCGUUGCGGCGCAGAGCACAGUCACUGCUUUGUCGGAGAAAAUGCCAGUUGCAAAACUGGCGGAAAGAGCGCAAUUGUGCAGCUAUAGUAAUAGGGAGCAUUCAUGCAACACUGGAUCCGAACUAUGCUUGGAAGACCACAUGGUGGUUCACAGUGAACCAUGCAGUGCUGUGGAUACAGGCCCUACUCCAAGUCCAGCUCCUUCGGCAGAUGUGCUGCAAAAAUCUGAUAGUGAAAAAUCGUCGAGUCCGGACUCACAGAAGCAGGGAGUUGUAGAGAAGAGCAAAGACCAGGAAGCAGCUCCUGCCACAAAUGGCAUUUGCACCAGAAGUGACCUUAGAAAGCCAUUGUCCAUCAGAGUAGACGCCGUGAAGCUUAUGCGACCUACGAAGGAAGUGCUUCCUGUGCUAAAACGAGAUAACAGAAAUGAAGAGCGAAGGCAAUGUCCUGAUUGUCCAUUUGUGGAAUCAGAUGAGCUGAUAUUCAAAAUGCACAGAGAAAUGCAUGGUGGACGUACGCGAGCUUAUGCCUGUAAUUUAUGCAAUUAUAGCUGUUUUGCCGCUGAAGCUCUUCAUUGGCAUCUCUCAUUACAUCUACCGCCUCUCAGUCCAGCAAGCGCUAUGAUACAGAGGAGGCGUGGCUUGGGACGACGAAGUUUUCAAACUUCUGAUCCUAUUCCACUUGGUGCAAAGCACUUCUCCUGCACUCAGUGCUCAUUCCGAACAGUUAGCGAAGCGAAUUUUGUACAGCAUAGGCAACAACAUGCACAGCACAUUCAACAACGAUUAGUCACGCAAAUGAAACGAGCAGCAUCCGAAGAAGAGAACAAGAGAGCGUCGAAGUUCAAGCGAGUAGCGAAGAAAAGCGAUAAGAUGGUGAGAGAGCGCUUACCAAGACGACAAAGCAUCACUGAGAAAAACCCCCCAUUGUGGUUUUUUCCAGCAUUCAUGUGUGAGAUGCUCGUUCCGAUGUGA